AUGGCGGAAAGCGAUCUUGCAUCCAGCGUCUCGCAUACCCCGACGAUGCAUCCACAAUACCGGCGUCAGGUUUGCAGUGGAGUCAAUGUCCCAACUCCUACUUUUCCAUUCGAAAACCAGGUACCAUUAGAUCUUAUGGACACGAAAGUUACGGCCGUUGGGUUUCUUAAAAAGAUCGUACGACUGUCCGAUGCUCUAACUUUUGCUCAAUUGACCAGAGGUGCCGGCCCCGAGCAAGUUCAAAUUCUGUUGAGAGAUCUCGAGACCACCAAGAUGUUAGAUUCUAUUCGAUUGAACAGUGCCAUCAGCGUCACUGGGGUUCUCAAAUCAAAAUACGCACCUAAGAAGCCUUCCAAGGCCAAGUUGGCAUAUACAGAAGUGGCUGAAGAGGGCUCCAUCUUUUUAAAUCAGGUCGAAAUUUCGGCGGAAAAUAUUACAUGUCUGAAUUCGUUUGAGAAGAAUAUCCCUUACGGGCCAGACCAUGUCUACCCCCCAUCAAGCAGACAUUUACAAAUUCGGUUUGACUCCAAGCUUCGUGAUACACUUUUCUUCAGGUCUCAAGUCGCAGCAUAUGCCCGGGAAGAGUUGAGAGACUUCCACGAGAUAGAAACCCCAAUACUCUUCAAAUCUACUCCUGAGGGAGCUCGGGAGUUCCUCGUUCCAACGAGAAAAGCCGGUUGUGCAUAUGCUUUACCCCAGAGUCCUCAGCAAUACAAACAAAUGUUGAUGGCUAGCGGCAUCAACAAAUAUGUCCAGUUCGCUCGCUGUUUUCGUGAUGAGGACCUUCGCGCUGAUAGACAACCUGAAUUUACGCAGAUAGAUCUUGAGAUGGCAUGGGUAGACGGGGAGGGCGUUAUGCAGAGAGUUGAGAAGUUGAUAAAAUCGCUGUACAACAAAUUUACCAAGCCGCGUACAGCUCUCCUCCCACUACCUAAUACUCCUUUUUAUCGAAUGACAUACGAUACUGCUAUGUCUUACCACGGCUCUGACAAGCCAGAUCUCCGAAUACCAGGCUUAAUACAUCGGGUGGAUCACAUCGUACCAGCACAGCUUCGGAGCAUGACCACGGAUCUCCAAGAUCCCAUUAUUGAAGCAUGGAAAAUCCGACUGAAUGCUAGCCCCGACACCGUCCAGAAAUUCAUUCGCAACUUCUUUUCUGGACCAGAUGGAGAGCAUUUUGGGAAUAAUACCGACGGUGCGCCAGGCAUCUGCGUGUUUAAUUCUGGUAAGCCACUUGAAGGUUUACAAAUCUUCGGCUUCGAAGCCGCCGAGCAGCUCAAGGAGGUAUACUCAAAUUCGCCUGCCCAACCUUUCGAAGAUCAAGACGCCCGUAAUGUUUCCACUACCGUUGAUGAUGGAGACUUGAUCAUUUUACAGGCUCGUCAAAAUUUGCCCCAUUCCGGUGGCUCUACCACCCUAGGUAAACUUCGCCUUGCAAUCUAUAAUGCAGCACUAGCAGAAGGGCUUAUUGAGCCUAACUCGAAACACCAUUACCUCUGGGUCACCGAUUUCCCGAUGUUUACGCUAGAGGAUGGCGUUGACCCAGGCCAGGGUGGGGCUGCUGGAUUCUCUGCAACGCAUCAUCCGUUCACGGCACCGAAGACUGCCGCUGAUGUCGACCUUCUGCUGACGGAGCCUCUCAAGGCCAAAGCUGAUCACUAUGAUCUUGUUGUCAAUGGUGUAGAAUUAGGCGGUGGAAGUCGACGUAUUCAUAGUGCUGAGAUGAGUCAAGAGCGGAUAGAAGAUUUCUCUCACCUUCUCAAAGCCCUUAGUGCAGGCUGUCCGCCCCAUGCAGGUUUUGCCAUCGGCUUCGAUCGUUUAAUCGCCGUUAUGUGUGGUACAAAUUCCGUGAGGGACGUUAUCGCCUUUCCAAAGAGUUCGAAGGGGGAUGACCCUAUGGUAUUAAGCCCACGUCGGGUGACGAAGGAAGAAUUAGGGCGGUAUAAGUUGCAGGUCAUUCCUGGCGAAAAUGCAGAAUUAGAUGAUGAACCCCUCGUGGGCGAAGUUCCUCGAGCUUAA